AAUUGAGCUGCAAGUCAAAUCAAUCAAGAUUCGUGAACUUGGUUCUCCUUGUUUUGUUGCUUGUCGAAGAUAAUGAAUUGCAGGAGCUUAGAAGAGUUUUGGUCUUUCUAUGUUACUCAACAUUCAAAACCAUCAACAAGACGUUGGCAUUUUGUGGGCACGCUUUCAAGUAUACUGUUAUUGCUGUCCUCUUUUGUUUUCAAUUUGUGGGUUUUGUUCUUUGUGCCGUUGGUUGGGUAUGGAUUCGCUUGGUACAGCCAUUUCUUUGUGGAAGGGAAUGUUCCUGCAACUUUUGGGCAUCCAGUUUGGUCUUUUCUAUGUGAUUGCAAGAUGUUCGGAUUGAUGCUUACUGGUCAGAUGGAUAGAGAAAUCAAGAGGCUCGGAAAGAGGCCUAUUUUGCAGGGAUUUUGAUUAUGUUGUAAGCACCUUUUCUGUUUUACCAGUGAAAUAAUCAUGCAUGGAAAUUCUCAAUUCACAAUCUUGCUGACUUUUGACUGUUUCUUGUUUCUCUCUAAUGUAAACAUGUGUCUAAAUUACAUGCUCUGAGUAUAGAAAUGUGUACAUUCCAGAAUCAAAA